AUGUCGAUGCGAAUCGUCCCCGCCGCAAACCAGCCCACAACCUACGCCGCCGGCGCCGCCGCCCCCUCGGCCCCGGGUGUCCACGACACCCUCCGCGCAGGCGUCGGCCAGUCCGCCCUCGACUCCCGCAACAACGUCCCCUCCUCCGCCCACCCCCUCGAGGCCCGCCUCAAGAACUGGGAGGCCACACAGGAGUCCAUGCGCAUGGAGACGCUCCGCCGCACCUUUGGCGCCGCCGAGCCCAUCCGCCGCCAGAUGGAGCUCAAGAUCACCCAGAACGGCGAGUGGCGCCCCGUGGCCCUCGGCGGCCAGCAGGCCUCCGUCCACGAGGAGAUCCUCCGCGGCAAGGACGCCAGCAUCACGUGGGAGGACGUGUACACGGGCGACGAGAGCGUCGGCAUCGUCGGCAUGCACGAUGAGAUGGAGAGGAAGCUCAAGAUUUGA